ACAAUUCAAACGUGUUUAGACAUGUCUCGUGUACUCUUGUUACUUCUUGUGAUAAAUCUAUCUCAGGUAUCACGGAAUUAUGCCGAUAUUAAUAAGUUGGGUAUUUAUGGAGGCAAAAAUGUCUCAAUCGAGACUGUUCCGUACAUGGUGUCUAUAUUUAUACGCAAAACUGACGGAAAAAAAUACAUGUGCGGAGGCUCUAUCAUCCAUAAGAAGUUUGUACUAACUGCUGCGCAUUGUCUAAGAAACAGUAUCGACCUAUCACUAUCAUGGGGCUACGUCGCUACAGACAACCUAUUCAAUAAAGAGAGGCAGGUUAUUAAAUUUGAAAAGAAGAUUUGUCACAAGAAAUACCUGCCGCAACCAUACUUUUACAACGACAUCUGUAUUCUGAAACUGACCAAACCUUUGAAGUAUGGGCCUAAGAUUGGUCGCGUAACUGUGGCCGAUGAAGGAUUUGAGUUGAAAGAGGGUACUUUGGUAAAUGUUACGGGGUGGGGUGACACAGAAAACAAUGACCCACUGGAGAGUCUUCGCCAAGUGACAAUCCCCAUAGUCCCAAAAGACUUCUGCCCGAUAGCAGACCGCAACAUCUGCGCUGGAACACUAGGCCACGGCACUUGCUAUGGUGACAGCGGCGGGCCUCUAACGUACUACAACAUACAGAUCGGGAUAGUAUCUCACCACCGCGUGGGAGGAAAAUGCUCAGAAGCACACGGAACCAUCUUCACAAGUGUCGCCAUCUACGCCAAAUGGAUUGCGAUGGUCAUAAAGAUGAAUGUCCCCUAAGACAAUGACGAAAGCUGGCCGAACGCUCACGAAACGAAACGCUCGUAGAUAUUUAUCUCUAUCGCUCUUGCGUGCUGGUGUGACAGAGCCAGACUACAUUUCGCGGCGUUUCGUUUCGUUUCGCGUCGCAUAAAUGCCAAUCGGCUAUAGCACCUGUACUUUUAGGUUUUUAAGAGAGCGUAAAUAAAUAAUUUGGAAUUUUUCGGGUAGUUACAACAUUUGACGGUUAACCAACAAAAUACAAAAACCAUUCGGAUCUGCCACUGAGCGACCUGUCUUUAACUUUCUUAUUUGGUCGUAUAAUGUUUUCAUUUACCCA